AUUAUUGUGCUUGAUCGAAACAUCAUCAUCCAACGUUUCUCUUUUGCUUUGUCUUUCAAGCCACAUCUAGAUCACAUCAUAAUGGACGGACUUACAGCCGCGGAACAGCGAGAGCUCGCUUCUCGCAUGGAAAGGAAGCAACUGAAGGAGUUUAUGACUAUGUACUCCAAGCUCGUCCAGCGCUGCUUCGACAACUGCGUCAACGACUUUACCACCAAGUCCCUCAUCUCCCGUGAAGAAGGUUGUGUCAUGCGCUGUGUGGACAAAUAUAUGAAGGCUUCUGGCCGCUUGAACGAGCGCUUCCAGGAGCAGAACGCUGCUAUGAUGCAGGGUGGACAAAUGCCUGGCCGGUAAUUUACCUCUGGUCUUGUCUCUUCUCUUCGUAUGGUGUAUAGAAUGCGUUGGGAUCUAUUUCACAGCCCUGGGGCAUGAUCGUCUUCGGCUCAAUAAAUGGGCAUUUGGGCUGGUUCCUGCAUGAAAGCGGAGAAGAAUCCGCCGUGAAGGGGCUAUAGUGGGAGGUAUCCUCUUGGGUUUGCUUUGAUCUGUGUAACAUGUACCAUAUAGCAUAUUCCUACUUUCGUGACUCAUGAGACGGUAGCCCUUGAUGGGUUGAUGGCCCGUCACAUUGUCCAAUGCAGAAAAAUGAAGGCACUGAAGCCGCAAAACUCGGAG